GCAGUGUCUCCCUGCUGCAGUGACUGCAGGAGUAUUCAACAGUUUUUCUUUCUUUUCUUAACUUUCUUUUUUUAUUUUUUGCGGGGCCGUACUACACAAAGUGUGGCAUCCGCAUAGGACACUGGUUUACAGAUGGAUGUUAAAAUGCAUUUACAGCAGCAACGAACUGCACCUUUGACUUUUGCAUUUUCUUGCAGUCUGCUGCUGAUUGCAGUGGCGCUGACAGGUAACGCAAAGGCACAACACUUUGACAGUUUUGGAUUAUCAUACGGGUUCCGGUCGGGACCGUCUGAAGAUGCUAUAUUGGUUGCCAACAAUGGAAUAAGAGUGCCGUUUGGAAAAUCUGUUUUUAUUGAUCCGAUCAAUGAUCUGGUGAUCCAGGUUCAACCGGGAGAUAGAUGCAGCAUUAUAGUACUGGAGAAUGACCCUCUAACACAGAGACCGGGACAGCUGACACCUAAAAAGUUUCCUUGUGACUUUGGCCAUAAUGACGUGAAGUAUUCGCAUUUCGGGUCUAGAAGCCCUUCCAAGGACAGAGUAAAAUUGCAACUCAGGUAUGAUACCCAGACUGAUACUAUUAUUAUACCGUUUAUGAUGGAAGUUGAGGUGGUUUUUACCCAGUUGGAGAUCCUAACUAGAAACAUGCCUCUGACAGUGGAGAAGCUGCUUGGCACUAGUAAUCCUAUUGACAGAAAAGUUUUGGAGUUUACUUAUGAUAGAAAUUCUGCGGUGUGCAAGAUUACUACUUUAACAAGCGCAAGUGGACUCCCCAGAUAUGGAAAGCUGAUUAAUGAUGCAAGAGCUGGAAAGAUGGUGGACUGCGAUGAGUUUGUAAAACUAGAUGUACGCUACCAGCAUACAUCUGUCAUCAGAUCACCAAACAGGGACUAUAUACCUAUGGUUGUGGAGCUGCAGGACAAAGAGGGCAACCUGCUCAAACAAGAGUAUUUCCAAAUGAUGGUCCGCAUUAGAGAAGGGGAGGAAAACACUGCACCAAAGCCAAGUUUUGUAGCUAUGAUGAUGAUGGAAGUGGACCAGUUUGUUAUGACAGCUAUAACCCCUGACAUGCUGGCAGCAGAAGACACUGAGUCUGACCCUGAUGAUUUAAUCUUUAACAUCACCUCCUCGCUGUCUUCUGAGCAAGGCUAUAUUGUGAGUACUGAUGAUAGAAAUUUGCCCAUAACUUCUUUUCAUCAGGGGGACCUUAAAGAUUUAAAAAUAGCCUACAAGCCUCCCUCAGAGGACUCUCAAGUGGAGAGGAUUUUCCAAAUUGAGUUUGAAAUUGUGGACACAGAAGGAGCUGUGUCAGACCCCUUUGCCUUCAUGAUUGUUGUAAAGCCCAUGAAUACGCUUGCACCUGUUGUGACAAGGAACACUGGUCAGCUGUUAUAUGAAGGUCAGUCCAGGCCAUUGGCCAGUUCACAGAAUCUACAAAUUAGUGAUGAGGAUAACUUGGAUGAAGUCAGGGUGACUGUUAUUGAUGGGCUGAGGCAUGGGCAGCUGACUAUCCUAGGUUCAAGGAGAAAAUUCUUCACUCCAGCUGACCUUGAUACAGGUGUAGUUAUUUACCAACAUGAUGGGAGUGAUACGUACAGUGACAACAUCAUCUUUAGGAUGACAGAUGGCAAACAUGAAGUUGAGUUUCUGUUUCCAAUUACCAUUGUGCCAACCGAUGACGAGCCACCGUUUAUAAAUGCCAACACUGGACUUGUACUGUCUAAGAAUGAAAUGGUGCCAAUCUCCCCAUUUGUGUUAAGUGCUACUGACAUUGACUCUGAAGAUUCCACCAUAAGGUUUACAAUUGAACCGCCGUUCUCCACUAUCGGAGAGGUUGUACUUCGUCAGUCAGAAGCCCCUGAAGACCGCUCAUCUUGGACAUUUAUAGCAGAUGAUGAGGUUUUUGAAAAAGUAGUGACAGAAUGGCUCCAGCAGGAUAUUAUGUCAGGAAAGUUGUUUUAUAGGCACGUGGGACCUCAUAGCACCAGCACUGUAAUGGAUCAGUUUGUAUUUCGGGUUCAAGAUGACAAUGACCCCCCAAACCAGUCAGGUGAAAACACUUUUAUUGCCAAAAUUCUGCCAGUAGAUGACAUCCCUCCUGAACUGUACAGUGGAACUUCUUUAAAUAUGAUUGUACAGGAAUACAAACUGACACACUUUAGAAAGAAGUACCUGCGCUAUACUGAUUUAGACUCUGAUGACAGAGAUUUGAAAUACACUAUAAUUACACCACCAACUGACACUGAUGAAAAUAACCCUGUUGUGCUUGGAUAUAUUGUUUUAACAGACAGCCCUGACAUGAUAGUAACUGAAUUUACUCAAGCACAAAUCAACCAUCACAAAAUUGCUUAUAAGCCCCCAGACCUAGAAUUAGGAAUCACUGCCCAUGUGCUUCAGUUCCAGUACACAGUUGAAGACACAGCUGGAAACAGUGUUGAGGGUACAUUUACCAUCUUUCUUCAGCCAGUUGACAACAAGCCUCCUCAGAUUACUAACACUGGCUUCACUGUUUUUGAAAGGGGCACUCACAUCAUCACAAGUGCAGAACUCGAUACUAGUGAUGCAGACACUGACAGCAAAUAUAUAUCAUUUACACUAACCCAGCCUCCGCUGCAUGGUCAUGUUCAAUAUACUGACACUUAUAUCACUGAAGGAGAUGCAUUCAACUUAAAUGACAUUGCCAGUGGCAGAAUAGCUUACAUCCAUGACGGGUAUGAGUCCACUAGUGAUUCAUUUAAAUUAGAUGUCAGUGAUGGAGUACAUGUUGUCACAAUCACUAUCCGAGUCAAUGUACGUCCCAUAGAUGAUGAAGUACCAACCAUUAUGCUCCCAGCUGGCACAAUUGGGUCCUAUAUAGAUGUUUUGGAAAAUGGAGCCACUGAGAUCACAACCAAUGUUAUUCAGGGAAGAGAUGAGGACACUGAUGACCUCAUGCUGACUUUUAUUGUUGAAGACCGCCCUCUUCUUGGAGAAAUCUUAGUAAAUGGACUCCCUACUGAAAGAUUUACACAGGGUGACAUCAUCAAUGGGGUUGUGGUUUACGCACAUACAAGUGGGGAGAUCGGCCUUGAUAAGCAGGAGGAUUAUUUCAACUUGACCCUUUCUGACUUGUCUGAUGAAUGGAACGUCGGGGGUAAUAAAGUCCAAGGAGUUCGAGUACAGGUCACCAUCCUUCCAGUUGAUAGCCAAGCUCCAGAGGUGACUGUGGGCCAGCAGUUCACUGUAGUAGAAGGUGAAAAAAAUGUAAUUGAGCUUGAGCAUGUAAGUGCUGAAGAUAUUGAUACUGCCAGUGAUGACAUUCUUUGUACAAUUAUAGUCCAGCCAACUUCUGGCUAUGUAGAGAACAUCUCACCAGCACCUGGUUCUGAGAAGUCACGUUCAGGGACUGCCAUUAGUGCUUUUACAAUGAAGGACAUUCGUCUUGGACAUAUUUAUUAUGUCCAAAGUAUUCACAAAGGUGUUGAACCAGUUGAAGACAGAUUUACUUUCCGUUGCUCUGAUGGGAUUAAUUUUUCACAAAGACAUUUCUUCCCCAUUGUUAUCAUCCCAUCUAAUGACGAAAAGCCUGAAAUCUUUAUGAGAGAAUUUGUUGUAAUGGAAGGCAUGAACAUUGUAAUUGACACUCCAAUUCUUAAUGCUGUAGAUUCUGAUAUACCUGCUGAUGAUUUAAUGUUUAUUAUUACUAAACCACCAAAGCAUGGUUUCAUUGUCAAUCAGUUAACCACAGGUACAGUUCCAGUCAACAACUUUACCCUUGACCAGAUCAAGGAGAGCUCCAGUAUUGUUUAUGAACAUGAUGACUCUGAGACCACAGAAGACAGCUUUGAUGUCAUACUUACUGAUGGGAAGCACACAGUGGAGAAAACAGUUAUCAUUAUGGUUAUUCCUGUGGAUGAUGAAACACCAAGAAUGACUAUUAAUGAUGGACUGGAAAUUGAGAUAGGGGAAAGCAAAAUAAUUACUAAUAAAGUCCUAAAGGCUACUGAUCUGGAUUCUGAAGACAAAACAUUGACCUACAUUAUUCGCUAUGGCCCUGGCCAAGGUCUACUGCAAAAGCAGACACCUUCAGGUAGCUUUGAAAAUAUUACUGUGGGAAUGAACUUUACCCAAAAUCAAGUGGACAACAAUCUAAUUGUGUACUUUCACAAUGGACAAGAAGGUGUUCGUGAUCUCAUCAAAUUUGAUGUCACUGAUGGCAUAAAUCCUCUUAUUGAUAGAUACUUUUACAUCACAGUUGGCAGCAUUGAUAUGAUUUUUCCUGAUGUAAUCAGUAAAGGGGUGUCUUUAAAAGAAGGGGGGAGGGUGACUCUCACAACAGAUUUGCUCAGCACCAGUGACCUGAACAGCCCUGAUGAAAACCUGGAAUUCACCAUCACCAGAGCCCCUGUACGUGGGCAUUUGGAGUGCACAGAUACACCUGGAGUGCCCAUUUCUUCAUUUACACAACUCCAGCUAGCUGGCAACAAAGUGUACUACAUUCAUACAUCCGAUGACGAAGUGAAGAUGGACAGUUUUGAGUUUGAGGUCACUGAUGGGUAUAACCCAGUGUUUCGUACUUUCAGGGUGUCCAUCACAGACGUGGACAACAAGAAACCUGUGCUUACAGUGCAUGACCUAGUGGUCACUGAGGGUGAGAACAAACUCAUCACACCCUUUGAGCUCACUGUAGAAGACAGAGAUACACCUGACCACUUCUUGAAGCUCACUAUCACCCAAGUGCCAGUACAUGGCCGACUGCUGUACAACAGCACUAGACCGGUAACCUCAUUUACCAAGCAGGACUUAAAUGAGAAUCUGAUUAGCUACAAGCAUGAUGGCACAGAGUCCGCAGAAGAUAGCUUCUCAUUUACUGUCACUGACGGAACUCAUACUGAUUUCUACGUCUUUCCUGACACCAUAUUUGAAACCCGAAAACCGCAAAUGAUGAAGAUCAGUAUUAUUUCAGUGGACAAUGGUGUGCCCCAAAUCAUUGUGAACAAAGGUGCACCAACUCUGAGGAUUCUGACUACUGGGCACCUUGGCUUUAUGAUUACAAGCAAGGCCUUAAAGGCAGAGGAUAAAGACAGCACCCAGAUCUCCCUGAAAUUCAAAAUCACAGUGGGUCCUGAACAUGGCUACCUCAUCAACAUGGGGAAGGGAAACGACUCUAUCACUGAAUUUAGCCAAGCUGAUAUUGAUGACAUGAAGAUUUGCUUUGUCUUAAGAGAGGGAGACAAUGCUACAAGUGACAUCUUCUACUUCACUAUUGAAGACAGUGAAACCAUGUGCACCUGGCUCAUAUUGUUUUUCCUUUUGCCUUCACAAGUGCCAAAGGUUCAAUUUAAAGAGCCAAUGUACAUGGGGAACGAGGAGGAUGGACAGAUUACCGCCAUUGUGUACCGAAGUGGAGAUAUCAGCUACAAAUCAACAGUACGGUGUUAUACUCGACAGGGGACGGCGCAGGUCAUGAUGGACUUUGACGAACGACCAAACACAGAUGAUGCUAUCAUUUCCUUCCUGCCUGGGGAGAUUGAGAAGCCAUGCAUUUUGACACUGGCAGAUGAUACUAUCCAUGAGGAAGAUGAAGAGCUGAGGCUGGUCCUAGGUAGCCCCAAAAGCGAGUCGCCAUUCGGAGCUUCUAUCGGUGAACAGAAGGAGACACUGAUCAAAAUCAAAGACAACGCAGACAAGGCCAUCAUUAAGUUUGGAGAGACAAAGUUCAGCGUCAGCGAGCCCAAGGAAGCGGGGCAGAUCACCGUUGUUAAAAUUCCAGUCCUUCGUCUAGGAGACACUUCAAAGGUGUCCAUUGUCAGGGUCCACACAAAGGACGGCUCUGCCACCUCUGGAGAGGACUACCACCCUGUGUCUGAAGAAAUUGAAUUCAAGGAAGGAGAAACUCAGCACAUUGUGGAGGUUGAAGUUUUGUACGACGGGGUGAGAGAGAUGAGAGAGGCCUUCACCAUACAUCUGAAACCUGACGAGAACAUGGUAGCAGAGACCCAGAUGAACAAAGCAAUCAUUUACAUUGAAGAGACUAACAGCAUGGCUGAUGUGACUUUCCCGUCCGUGCCGCACGUCGUGUCUCUGCUGUUGUACGACGACACUGCCAGGACCAGUGAGAACCCGAACGCACCUGCUGGUUAUCCCGUUGUCUGUGUCACAGCUUGCAAUCCUAAAUACUCUGACUACGACAAGACGGGUUCCCUCUGUUCCAGCGAGCACAUCAACAACACUCUCACACGGUACCGCUGGCUGGUGAGCGCCCCCACUGGCCCUGACGGAGUGACCAGCCCUAUGCGCGAGGUGGACUUCGACACAUUCUUCACCUCUUCCAAGCUCAUCACCCUGGACUCCAUCUACUUCCAGGCAGGCUCCCGGGUGCAGUGUGCCGCCAGAGCCGUCAACUCCAACGGGGACGAGGGCUUGGAGCUGAUGAGCCCCAUCGUCUCAGCCAGCGUGGAGGACGGUAUGUGCCAGCCCCGUAUUGUCGGGGCGGUGGGAGCUGAGCCUUUUUCUGCAAAGAUGCGCUACACUGGACCUGAAGACCCAGACCACCCCAACCUUAUCAAAGUUACUGUCACAAUGCCACACAUUGAUGGGCUGCUUCCCGUCAUCUCCACGAGAGACUUAUCCAAUUUCGAAUUAACGCUGAGUCCAGAUGGAACCCGUGUCGGGAACCACAAGUGCUCAAACUUGCUGGAUUACAACGAGGUGAAGACCCGCUACGGCUUCCUGACAGAUGCCACCAAAAACCCUGAAGUGAUUGGAGAGACGUCCCCCUACCAGUACAGCUCGGCACUCAGGGGUUCCAACACCCUCCGCUUCUACAGAAACCUUAACCUGGAGGCCUGUCUUUGGGAGUUUGUCAGCUACUAUGACAUGUCUGAGCUCCUCACAGACUGCGGGGGCACCAUUGGGACAGAUGGCCAGGUGCUGAACCUUGUGCAGUCCUAUGUGACGCUGCGAGUCCCACUGCACGUGUCGUAUGUGUUCCAUUCCCCAGUGGGGGCGGGAGGCUGGCAGCACUUCGACCUGCAAUCAGAGCUCCGCUUGACAUUUGUGUAUGACACUGCCAUCUUGUGGAAGGACGGCAUCGGCAGCCCCGCAGAAGCUGAGUUACAAGGUGCUCUCUAUCCAACCAGCAUGCGUAUCAAUGAAGAGGGGCGCCUGGUUGUAAAUUUCAGGACAGAGGCCCGAUUCCGUGGUUUGUUUGUGACCUCCCAUUCCGCAUCCUCCCUCUCCUCUAUGAUAAUGUGCGCUGACCACCCAGGUCUUACCUUCAGCCUGAGCUUGAUCCGAAGUGAGCCCACCUAUAACCAGCCCAUGCAGCAAUGGACCUUUGUUUCUGAUUUUGCUGUUCGGGAUUACUCGGGCACAUACACCGUGAAACUUAUCCCAUGUACAGCUUCCCCAAACCAAGAGUACAGCGUUCCAGUAGUCUGUAGCCCAAGAGAGCCCAUCACUUUUGACCUUGAUAUCAGAUUCCAACAGGUGAGUGACCCUGUGGCUGCUGAGUUCAGUUUGAACACACAGUUGAUCCUGCUGUCAAAGAAAGCUCUCUGGUUAUCUGAUGGUUCUAUGGGAUUCGGGCAGGAGAGUGAUAUUGCUUUUGCAGAAGGUGACGUUAUCUAUGGCCGUGUGAUGGUAGACCCAGUACAGAAUCUGGGGGACUCUUUCAUUUGUAACAUUGAGAAAGUUUUCCUGUGCACUGGUGCUGAUGGAUAUGUACCAAAGUACAACCCCGCAAAAGCUGAAUUUGGCUGUCUGGCUGACUCGCCUUCUCUCCUGUACAGAUUCAAGAUCAUUGACAAGGCUCAGCCUGAGACUCAAGCCAGAAGCUUUGGCGAUGUGCGAUUCAACGCACUGCUGGCAGUGGAUGACCCUGAAGCACUCUCACUAGUGAGGCAGCCUGGGUCUGAUGGGUUCAGAGUUGACUCCACUGCUUUCUUCCAGGUAGCUGCUGGCCGGGAGUGGUAUAUCCAUACCAUUUACACAGUGCGUUCAAGAGAAAACUCUAACCGAGGCAUCGGCAAGAGGAGCCUUGAGUAUCAGUACCACUCUGUUGCGCAGAGCCGUGAUCUCCAUGCUGUGGCACAGCCUCGUUCCAAGAGAGCCACCAGAGGGGCUCCAGCCAUCACACAGGACAUUGGUGUGGAAAACAACAGGGGUACCAACAUACAGCACAUCGCACUUGAUCGCAGUAACAAGAAACUGCAUCCUCAAAGAGAAGACUCUGAGGAAGGCAUUAUCCCCCGAGAGCUGCACAACAAAGAGUCUGAGGACAACCUGGUCACUAUAGUUGGGGGGCUGGCGGGCUUGCUGCUCACUAUCUGCCUCAUCGUUAUCAUCAUCCUGCUACUGAAACGCAGGCAGAAGUCGAAGAAAAAGGACACACCGAAGGGAUCUGCCAGCACAGAGCCAAUGAUGUCACAUAGGUAUCAGAGUAGUGACAGUUCGGAAGUUUGAUUUCACACACACACACACACACACACACACACGUACACAUUUACAGCAAGGACUACGGGAGAUUUCAAAUUCAACUUUACAAGUGCCUCAAGCAAUGAACUUGUAACUGUUUCUUUAAUGCAAGCAUUCUUUUAAACAUUACCUUCACCUCCAUCACAUGUCAUGUGACUCCCAACACUACUGUACUUGAAAAAGUGUAGCACUUGAAUUGCUGCCUGUACGGAUAGAAAGACUCUCCUGGCACUGUAAGAGAUCAUGACUAUGUAUGCAACGCUACACAUAAGUCAAGAGGCACUUGACUUUCCUUAAGGUUUUGUUUUAUUUUUUUACUUUGAGUUUCCUCAAAGAAUGUUAUCCAUAGGUGCUAAUGGUUUCACUUUUCCACUGGAAGUGGAGAUCAGUUCAUUUGUUUCAAUGCUGAUGUUCAAGGGACAAUGAUUUAUGAAUAAAAGUCAAUGAAGGGAAGGUGCUUCUUUUCACACUAAUAUGCGAUUGGCCAUUAGCAGUAUAUCUGAGAAAUGUGUGCUCUACUUAGUAUUAAGAAUACAUUAUUAUAUUUAUGUUAGACAUUUAUAAUGUUGACACCAUUAUGAUAAUACAAUACUCAGUUUUGGAUACAGCCUAAGAUACUGUCAUCUAUUAUGCCUCUGCCAUGCCUAUUAUAGUACUUGUAAGCUUUUUUUUUUUUUCAAAGAAUAGAGUGACACCCAGUGGCCUUUAAUGUAAUUACAGCUAAAUUAGAUUUAUUUUAAUUUUUUUGCAUUGCCGUUGAUAUACCAUUAAGUCAUAUCCAAAUUUUCUAUACACUUCUAUGCAAAAGGCAUCAUGAGGAGAUAAUGUACUGUAACAGGGUAACAAAAACAUUCAUUGAUUUGUAUUUGUAAUCAUUGCACCUUAUCUUAAUCAAACCAAAAAUUAGUCAGCAGCACUGACAUAUUCUCAGUUAUGCCAAGCGACAGUACGCUCAGAUCCAGUCUGCAUUUCUAUACCAGUCCAUAUACUGAGUUGUGUGUACGAUUUGUGCAUGUGUGCUGCUUUUUGUUUUUUAAGAACAAUGCUAGAUUGUAUGUUCUAGUGCAUGUGUUAAAGCAGGAAAGGAUUUUCUGUAAAACUGCAUGAGGAUUUCAUACCUCAUUAUCUGCUGCAAAUUAACUUAGUAAAGAAUACUCUGGCUUGAGUACACAACAAGGUAAGGCUUUGCAAGAAACAGUAUUACACAACUGUGAUGCCUUUCCUAGGUAUGUAUGGCAUUGGUGUACAGUAUAUGGCCAAGGAUUCAUAUUUGUGAAACUCUUUUAUUGGUAUUUUUAUAUGAACUAGAAUAUUGUGAUUACAAAUGAAGCACUGAUUCUUUGAUUCCACGUGCUUUGUGACUGCUGGUGUACCGUGAGAUUUAACAUCCAGACAGCUGUUCUACUGAAAUGCAGUAACAGGCCCAUUAGAUAGCCCUUUAUAUUGCCAGUUUUGAAAAGCCCUUCCCCCAUUGCUAUAACAAACCAUUAUCAUACACGGCUAAUAGAAAAUACAAAAUAAUCACCAAAAGACAGUAUUUUAUUCUUAUAUUUGUCCAUUCCUACAGUUACAUACUACAUCAUUAAUUCUGAGGUACAGCUUUUGUUUUACCAGUUAUGAGGGUUUAACAUUGUGGAUGCCCUACUAACUACACGACAAAAGAUCCGCUCAACUCAAGAAUAAAAACGGAUACAAACCAAUGAAGAUAUAUUGUCAAAACAAUUGUAUAUUGACAGAACAAGUUUGACCAUUUAGGUCUAGUUUAUAUGCAUUAUCUGAUCCCUGCCACUUUGAAUGAUAGACAGUUUCAGAUCAACAACAGAACCCAUGGAGAUCCACCAUCAGCUACUGAAUAUGUAAUUUAAUUCUAUUUCGGGAGCAAAAGUUAUUCAGAAGAGUUUUUACUUCAAGUGGUUUUGUCAGUAUAAAGCUAUAGUGCACAAAACACUGAAUAGUAGCCUUGUCACGGUAAGUCAGAUGAAUCCAAAACCUUAGGGACUAUUUUAAGGAACACUUGCUUCUGUUCAGUUAAACACUCCUGUGAAAAAUGAGAUUUAAUUUAUUAAUCUGUCUAAAUCAACUGAAAAGAGUUCAAGAAAUGCGACACCAUUUAGCUAAUAAAUCAAAAUGGUGUUUAAACAGUUCUUAGAGCUUUGUGAAUAGGCCCAAAAGAUGUUGUAUUUGAUGUGUUAAAUAAAAUAUAGGUGAACUUAAAAAAUGGGAAAUGGAAUUUACAGCUGUGUUAUACUGCUAAAUUAGUCCUGAAAUGUAAAUUAAGAAGUGUCCUCUAUGUUUAAGCCACAGAUUUACAUUUGUAGACAAAUUCUCAUGAAAUGCUUUGAAGUAGUUUCUCAUGUAGCAGUCAUUAGCAAGUAUGUUUUUUAUAUAUAUAUAUAUAUAUAUAUAUAUAUAUAUAUAUAUAUAUAUAUAUAUAUAUAUUAUAUUAUUGUUUGAUGCAUCUGUUGUGUACUAAAUGUGUCUUUGCAUAACAUGUCACAUAUACUAUUAUGAAGUAGGAGUGCUAAUGCAGUCUUCAGUACAUUAUAACCAUUUUUAUUCAUAGUAUUAAAUCCUUAUACAUUUUAGCAUUUCAUUAUUGUAAGUACUUGAGACACAGUCGUUUUUUUCUUUUGUUUUUUUCCUACUCAAAUAUAUUUAACCCUGAUACAUGUGUUUAGCUCCAUUUCUGUAAGUCUUUUACACAUUUUUGUUUCUAAUAUUAUGUGUGUAUAUAUAUAUAUAUAUAUAUAUAUAUAUAUAUAUAUAUAUAUAUAUAUAUAUAUAUAUAUAUAUAUAAACAGGAAUAUUUGUUUGGCUGUUUUGGGGAGUGGUCAGUGUUAAGAUGCUGAAUAUGUACUGUAAUUAUUUGUAACAUGGACCUCCAAGCACAAACUGAUUGUGGUCUGCAAUAAAAAAUAAACUUUUUUUUUUCCAUA